GUUAGAGGUUUAUGGGGUUGAUCAGGGACAUGACAUAUAUACACCUGAGCAUCUCAUUGACUGAACACUUUCCAUUAAACACUUUCUGACUGAUGAGAAGGAGAAAUGAAUCUUCUCCUAAAUGACCAGACUGAUGAACCGUUGCACCUUGACCUGUGCUUGGACGAGCUUUCGCCUGAGACAGGGAUAAUCGAGCUGCUCAAAACCCUGAGACCACAGUGGAGAGCUGAGGAUAUCCAACUAAAGAUGUUUACAGAGGGCAUAACGAAUCAGCUGCUGUGCUGCUCAGUGAGCUCGGACACGGCCAUGGUGUUGGUGCGAGUGUACGGACGAAAGACUGAGCUUUUUUUAGACCGUAAGAAGGAGGUGGAGAUGCUGAAGCUGCUGCACUCACAUGGCUGUGGCCCAAGACUCUACUGCAGCUUCCACAAUGGCAUCUGCUACGAGUUCCUGAAGGGCGUUGCACUGGAAGAUGUUCUGCUCCAACAGCCUUCUGUCUACAGAACAUUGGCAUUCUUCGUCCCUCCCUGUCCCCCUCUUCAGCAGAGACGCUCCUCCAUGCCUUCAUUAUCUCCAGGCUCGACUACUGCAGUGUUCUUUACAGACUCCCAGUGCAGGGUCGCAGCAAGACUGGUCGCAGUAGAAAUGGGGAAAAUCCAUUCGAUAAAGCCAAAGUCCAGCUGGUCUACGGAACCUGUGCUGUGGUCAAAGUUGGAUAAUUACCUGAAAUUAUUGCAGGACUGCGAAAACGAUGAUGAUGUGGUACAGCAAGAUUCGCAGCUGGACAUUCCCAGCGUGGACGUGUUAAUCAGUGAGACGGAGGAGCUGAAAAAACACUUAAAGAGAGUGGAGUCUCCAACAGUGCUGUGUCACAAUGACCUCCUGACCAAAAACAUCAUCUACAACUCAGAUGAAGGUGGAGUCAAAUUCAUCGACUACGAAUACGCUGACUUUAACUACCAGGCGUACGACAUCGGAAACCACUUCAAUGAAUUUGCAGGUGUGAAUAACGUGGAUUACGGUCUGUACCCGAGCCGCGAGCUGCAGUGGGAUUGGCUAACAGUUUACCUCCAGAGCAUAAAAAUCAACAGCCAAGUCGACUCACAAGUCACUCAGAGAGAAGUGAACACUCUGUACGUCCAAGUCUGCAAAUUCUCACUGGCGUCUCACCUGUCCUGGGGUCUGUGGGCUCUGUUACAGGCCAGAUACUCCACCAUCAACUUCAAUUUCUUAAAAUACGCUGCUGCUCGGUUCAGCUACUACUUUAAGAAGAAGGAGGAGUAUUUAGGAAUGGCGCUUCCUUAAUACCUGAAUUAUUAGAUUUUUAUUCCCUUCUCAUCUUUUUGAGUGAAAAUAAACUUCAGAAUGAAUAAUAAAAUGCUUUGCUGUGA